AUGGCAGGAAACACAGCUCGAGUCACAAAAAGAUCAUUGAAUGCGUGCACCCGAUGCCGCAGACAGAAGAUCAAAUGUUCGGGGUCACAACCGUGCGACGGCUGCAACAAACGCAAGCUCACGUGUAUCUUUGAUGAUCGAGACCAAAAGAUCCUUGUCACUAGGGGUUAUCUUGAUGAGUUACAGCAAAAAUUAGCUAGAUUGCAGCAAAAUGAGAGUGGGGAACCUGUUCCUCUUAGUCCAGAAUACGGCGAGGAAAUAUCACCUGAUUUGAAAGAUCAUAAUGACGCACCGCGCAUUGCCAGGUCAUCACCAAAUGAGAAAGAAGAUGCCCGAUCUAACCAUGACAUUGAACCGGAGCUUGAAGAUCCAGCAUCGGGGUUGACGAAUCCGCUGUCAACAGGUCCCCCAGCCUUCAUGUCAGCCGAAAAUGGGCGAACAUUUUACCUCGGAACAUCCUCUAAUUGGUCAUUCACACGCCGGGUGUUAAGUCUUACACACGAGUUCAUAUACCAGGAAGCCCUUCCAACUGGUGCCUUAUCGUUCGACGGUGCAACUUAUGACCUGGGCUGGGAUGGACUCCGAACGCCUCAGAGACCCGAUCUCCCUACCGUACCAACCUUUGAUCAUGCUAUGUAUCUCAUCAAUACCGUGAAAUUUCGCUGUGGGCAGCUAUAUCAUCUCUUCGAUGAAGGGGAGUUCAUGAGUGGCCUACAUGAUUUCUAUUCCCGAUCCAAGCCUAAUGCGACAUCCAGCUUAUGGUAUAUACAUUUCCUUCUCAUGCUCGCCUUUGGAAAAGGGUUCGUUCAGCACAAGCUACAAGGAAACAAGCCUCCGGGUGCCGAGUUUUUUGUGAAGGCUCUACAACUGCUGCCUGAUGUCAGUGUGCUACACCAAGAGCCUAUCGAGUCAACAGAGAUUAUGUGUUGCAUUGCGCUUUACUUGCAAGCCCUUGAUUGCCGGUCAUCUGCACACAAUUAUAUUGGCUCAGCGAUGAGAAUGGCCAUGGCGGAGGGUAUGCACACCCAAAUGCCGGUUGAAUAUCUGGGAGAGGAUUUAGUUCAACGUUGCCGCAAGAUCUGGUGGACUGUAUACAUUUUGGAUCGCGAGAUGACUUCCCUCAUGGGCCUCCCUCAGUCUCUCAGUGAUGAUCAUGUGGAUACUUUGUUGCCAGCAUUCCCGGGAUCUGCACAGCGCACAGCCGGUAUCAAUAUGCAUAUCAAACUUUCACGAAUAAUCGCCGAGAUCAGCAGUGCUGUAUAUGCCAUCGAUGGUCGCCUCAAUCGAAACUUCUUACUUCGCACCAAAUCCGCCCUAGCAAGUAUUGCCUGCCUUGCAGAUGAGCUACACGACGGCUUCCCUUUACACCUGGAUCGAUCAACAAGCGGAGUCUCCAGAACAUCUGCCUACCUCCACCUUCUAUAUCAUCAAUGCAUAGUUCUUGCCACCCGACCACUACUCUUCUGCUUUUUGAAGAUCCGCUUCGAAUCUCCUGAGCAUUGCUUAGAAGCUCUAAACACCUCUCGCAACGUGCGCAACUUGAUCCAAAUGUGCAUCGACUCAUCUCAACAAAUGAUCAACAUCCUUCACAGCCUUCAAUCCGAGGACCUUCUUGAAACAUUUCUCCCCUUCGAUCUAGAAUCUAUUUUUGUCUCAACAGUAGUCCUCCUCAUGGCCCCGGCAAUUGAUGCUAGAUGGUCCUACCCAGCUUGGCUAGAAAAGGCCUACCUAAUAUUUGAAGAUAUUAUUGAGAAUGGAAACCUGAUUGCAAAGUUCCGGCGAUCAGAGCUCCAGCUCCUGGAUGAAUUAUUGAGCUGUUUUCCCCAAGACAGAUCACGAUGUUUAUCAGCCCCUGUCUCCUUCCCAACCAGCAUCCUCAAUAACCCCCAAACGAGUGUUCAACUUGCAAGCUCCUUCCCGCCAUCGGCUCAUGCACUCAGUCAAGAAUUUUUGUCGAAUCCUGCACCGACGAAUGAUGAUGAUUUUAAUUUGACAAGUGGGUUGACUGCGGCGCAGAUUAUGGCUGUUGCGGAUUCUAUCGAGAGUAUUGAUACAGAGUGGAUGUCUAAUGCUAUGAUUGAGCAUAGUAUUUGGUGA